AUGUCUGCAGCCUUCAGCAGCUUCAGAAGCUUGUGUGUGUGUGGGCAGCAGGCGUUCAAGACAGAGCCACGUAAUGUGACGGUCAGGGCGGGGGCCACAGCUCUGCUGAAGUGUGAAGUGCUGAGGGCCUCAGGGGCCGUGCAGUGGGUUAAAGAUGGGCUGCUCCUGGGACUUCAGAGAUCGCUGCCUGGCUACUCACGCUACAGCAUGACAGGAGACCAGCAGAAAGGCCAGUACCAUCUUCAAAUUCUCAACCUGAAUUUGGAAGAUGACGGCCCCUUCGAGUGCCAAGUGGGCCGUUUCGUGAGCAGCCGCGCCAUCGUGUCCCGUACAGCCUGGCUCAAUGUGCAGAUCCCGCCCUCACAGCCGCACAUCCAGCUGGAGUCUGAUGAGCCGUGGGUGGAGGGAGACGAAUACACGGUGACCUGCAUCGCUCCUGAUGCAAAACCUCCCGCAGAAAUCACCAUGUUCAGAGAUGGAGAAGAGCUGACGGAAACCGAUUCUUUCACAAUGUCAGGCUCACAGGAUAAACUUCUGAACACUCAUGCUGAAGUCGUCAUCAGGGCACGAGGUUCAGACAACGCACGGCAGCUGACAUGUCGAGUGAAGAACCCAGCCGCUCAUCAAGCUCUCGAGACUAGCAUGACCAUGAGGGUAUUCUUUCCCCCACAGGCUCCGGUGAUCAUGGGAUUAGAAAAUGAAGAGGUCAAAGCUGGUUCCUUUCUCAGGUUGGUAUGCAUGUCGUACGGGGGCAACCCACUAGCCACUCUGCAUUGGACUAAGAACGGAGAAGUCCUGUCCACAAGCUGGGAAGAGGACGUUGUGUCAUGUCGGUCCAGUAGUGUGUUGAAAAUGGAGGUGAAGCUAGAGGACAAUCAUGCUGUGCUGCGGUGCGAGAGCGUUAACCAAGUGUCUCGUUCACCAAUGUCCCUCACUCGCACUCUCACCGUCCUUUUUGAGCCAGCCAAGGUAAAGUUGCUGGGUACAUUUGAAGCCAUAGAGGGACAGGAGAUCAAUCUGCUCUGUUACACUUCUUCUAGUAAUCCUCCAGUCCACAUCCGCUGGUGGCUCGGGUUCAAGGAGCUCAACAGAACGGAUGUUACCAUCUCUGAGGGGGAUAAUGGUGGGAUGAUGACAAUGUCUAACCUGAUGCAUACAGUGUCUCGUGAGGACAACGGUCUUUUUCUGACUUGUGAGGCGUUCAAUAAAGGCACCCGCUUCUCUAGGGUUCGUUCUGAAGAGCUCAACGUUUACUAUCCUCCUCUGAAGGUGUGGUUAGAUGCUCCUCCACCGAACAUCUUCUUACACUCUGGUACAACUCUUCGUUUGGUCUGUUUCUCCAGUGGUGGGAAUCCCACAGGUCAGCUGGUCUGGUUGAAGAACAAUAAAGUCGUGCAGACUGCAUCGAAGCAUGUGUAUUCACAGCGUGGUGUGUCACGAGAGCUGCAUCUCAUCCUCCAGCCCAGCGACAAUCUGGCCACCUACCGCUGCAUCUCUUACAACAAAGCCAAUAAAGUUCUGACCGCCCAGACCAAACUCAGGGUUCUGUUUCCGGCAGUGAGUGUGAAAAUCGUGGCCAAGCAGCAGGAGCUGCGCAGGGGUCAGAUGCUGGACCUGGACUGCCUGGCUGGAAGCAGCAAUCCCACUGCAAAUAUCAGCUGGAGUUUGGGCCCCGUCAUGCUGAAGGGAGUUGACCAGGCUCCUGACGAGGCUGAAUUUGGCGGGAUGUCCCGAACCAGUAAGCUGUCCCUCACUCUUGAGUCCCAUCACUGGAAGAAAAGGAUCACCUGUCAGACCUUCAGUAACGUGCUGUCCGAGGGUGUCAACAACUUCUACACUCUCAAUGUGCUCUUUCCUCCGGAGUUUUCGGAUGAGCAGCCCGAUCAGGUCCAGGUCAUUGAGGAUGAAACCGCCGCGCUUCCUGUCAAAGUCUCGGCCAAUCCGGACGAAAUCACCUGCGAGUGGAUUUUUCAGGGCGAGAAGCUCGUGAAAGAAAGAGAUCCCCGUUAUCACUUCGACGACUGGACCCUGGAAAUGGUCAACGUUUCUCGGCGAGACGGGGGCAAUUACAUCAUAGAGUGUUCCAACGCUGAGGGGAAGAACCGCACAAAGCUCAAGCUGGAUGUACAGUAUGCCCCUACUGUUCGUAUGAAGUCUGAUUCUUUGUAUGUGAACUUGGGAGACACAGCUGACUUACUGUGUGUCGCUGAUGCCAACCCCAUCACCUACAGUAUGUUUUCCUGGAAGUGGAUGGGUGAAGGGGAAGUGGAUGAUCUGGGAGAGGAGAGUGAAGAUGAAGGCAAUGGUUUGUUAACUAUAUAUGAGGUGACCCGUGACCGGGCAGGUGUUUACCAAUGUACAGCAGACAAUGGCAUAUCGCCUCCUGGCAGCGUGGAAGGACAGCUCAUCGUACGCUCUUUUGCUGCCUUGUAUGAGGAGAAGAUGGAGGUGACGGGGACCAUCCACACCAGCGUUCUGACCGUCAUAAACGUGAGUGCAGCUCUGGACUACGCCGUCUUCACCUGCACCGUCCACAACAGCAUGGGAGAGGACUCUCUAGACAUCCAGCUCCUCAGCACCAACCACCCCGAUCCCCCAUCAGACCUGAAGCUGCUCCGUGUCGACCAUAACUCUGUAACUCUGGAAUGGAUGCCCGGAUUUGAUGGUGGUUUGACACAAAACUUCCGUGUCAGGUACCAGUGGGCGGGAUCAGCGAGUUUCAUGUAUGUGGACGUGUUUCCUCCGACAGCCAGUGUUUAUACAGUCACGGGCCUCAACCCUUCCACUACCUACAACUUUUCAGUCAACGCUAUCAAUACAAUGGGAGAGAGCAGCUAUGCAGACAACAACAAAAUACUGAUGGUCACCACUGCUGAUGCGGAGGAAGCAGAUGACGGGGUCUCCCCAGCAGACCAGGACUCGGCUCUUGCAGGUCGCGGUCUUCCUGUCUAUGUGGUGGUGAUCCUGGCUGUGGGUGGUCUUCUGUUGUUCCUAAAUCCUCUGAGUUGCUUUCUAUUGGCCAAAUGGAAAAGAGGGCGGAGCCUGAAAGAGGACACCAGGAGCAUUUCACAGAAGACCAAAAGCGAGGAGCAGAGGUCCACGGCGAGCGGCUCAACCCGCUAUGCGAGCAGAGAGCUUAUCAACGCCUCAGCACAGCGAACGCUCCUCACCGACAGCAGCUCCGAGCCUGACAGCAGCGUCUAUGAGAGCUACGGAUGGCAGGAGAGUACUCAUUAUUACUACCCAACUGAGGUCUACAGUCCUGCCCUGUUUACUCACCCUGAAGGCCCUGAGGAUCAUGAUGGCAGACACGGCGCAAGCCCUCUCGCUCAUUACUAUGAGGAGGUGAGAGACUGGGGGACAUACGAGGACCUGCAGGGCUACUCACUGCUGCCCCCUGCUGCCCAAUUUCAUCCACGAGCACCAGUAUCCACCUACCAUGAGGGAAGAGCGUACGGUAAAGCUGAUGAAUUCAUAAAUGUAAUUAAUUUAUAA